CCUCCAUGGUCAGAUGACUCAGAGACGAAUAAAGCUGAUCUCAGAUCUCAGGUUAUGAAGAUAAACACACCUGCAACAGAAGCAAACAUCUCAUCCUUCAGUUAUUGCCCUCUGGCCGGACACUUAUUUUGGUGGGGUAGAGAUCCAGUUUAGUCAGGGAGACCUUUAUUCUGAAGGUUACUGUGGCCGGAAGCUAGCCUGAUGCCGGUGACACGGAGAGUCGUGUCCGCUCGUCCGGUAACAGAAAACAACGGGACAUAAAGCAGGUGAACGGUAUCGGUGAACAGGCCACACAGGCUGAAACUGUCGAACCGUUUAAACCCGCUUGUGACGUCAGAGCCACCGAAGUUCUUGGGGAACGUUGACGUCAGCUAACUAUGUUGUGACACCUGAGUUAGCCGCCGAAGCUAACAGGAGUAGCCCCUCAGGUACAUGCCCGUCAAGCGGAGCACCUGGUGGAGUCAGCCCGGGCAGCUGUAAAGUGUGUCCAGGAUGCUCCAGGGGCCGUACAGCAGCCUGGACCGGGACCGGCCCCUCAUUCGGCUGCCGGUCGCCAGCUUCACCGUGGCGACGGUUCUGCUCCCUCUGACCGGCUUCAUCGCCUGCCUCUUCAUUUCACUCAUCUACCACUUCGAGGACGCCACGUACACACACUGUCAGGUGUCAAACUACCUCCCGUCCAUCAGCGCCGCCAUCAGCCUCGUGCCGGAGCGCUACAUCUGGCGCUGCUGCAUCGGCCUGCACUCGGCGCCGCGCUACCUGCUGGCCGCCGCGUAUUUCAACUUCUACCGCGGCCGCUUCGCCAACAGGCUGCCGGAGCUGCUGCUGAGCGGGCUGGCGCUCCUCUGCAGCCUCGCCGAGAACACCGGCCUGCUGCUGCUCACAUACGUGUCGUCCACAGAAACGUACAGUGUUCAUAAAAACGGGUUCAUCGUGUUCAUAGCGAGCUCGCUGCUGCACAUGCUCAUUACAUGCUGGCUGUGGCAGGUGAUCAGGAGAUACUAUGUGAACCCAGAGGAAGUGACGUCGUAUCGAUGGAAAGUGCGUCUCUUCCUGUUCAACGUCAGCUGUUGUGCGGCCGCGGCGUACUUCUUCAGACGUCACAACAACUACUGCGAGACAGGAGUCUACACCCUGUUCGCCUUCUUCGAGUACCUGGUGGUCUUCUCCAACAUGGCCUUCCACGUGACGGCCCUCUGGGACUUUGGGAACAAAGAGGUGAUCGUGGCGACGCCGCCUGAAGACAAACGAUACUGAGGGACACUUCAAGGACCGUCAGGAACUUGAGGUUGAGAUUUUACCUGAACAUUAUGUGAGAAGUGUCUCUGAGCCUUUGGUCGGCUCUGCAGGGAGAUUCAGCUUUGACCUGAUCACUCCAGACACACCUGGACUUCGUGGUGUGUCGGGAAGUUUGCAGACACGUACAGACCUGCUGAGUCCAGGUCCACAGAAGACUUCAGAAAGUCUGGAAGAAGUAAGGGGGUGCAAUUAUUCAGUCAUUCUGUUGGUCUGGAGGAAGCCAAACGUCACACAGCUGAUUAGAUAUAAUUAAUUAGUGUUUCUGGCCAGGCCACACUCAGCUGAGUGAGUUUAGUGAAAGUGAUUUGACAAUAAAAUGAGUUUCCUGAGAAAUCCUUCAAAAAAACAACCUGUUUACAAGCGACUGAAUGAAACACAGUGAACGAGGAAGCGGCUCCAGUUUCCCCUUCAGACACCUGCGUCUACCUGCCGUCAUGGAGACGUCACAGCGCUAACACCUGAACUCAGCAGAUCAACAUUACACUUUACAGAUGUGAGCUGCAGUGGACCAACACUCAGGAUUACAAAUAAAUCAAGUUGAAAUCCCUCUGAAUUAGUUUUUCUUUUUUAAAUUGAUUUAAUAAAUAGAGACUAAAGUUUCACAUGGAGACGCACAGAGUUUACAGCUGUUGCCAAUUCUCGACCCCGUCCCUAGUUCUUUCUUUACAUGUGUGAAUAAUUAAAACGGUCAAUAACAAAAACAACACAACUGAUAAUGUCCUACAAUCAGCUGAUAAUAAAUGAUCAGUUUAAAAAGAGACAACAACAACAACAAGAAGCUACAAACAGUCAAAGACAAGUAAAAAAUAGAAUUACCUAGAAAUGAGCUCAGCCCUGAACCUUUGUUGUAAAGGAGUUUAUAACUGGACUUAAAGCUCCUCCAGUGUAAAGGUCUGUGUCCAUGUGUAGUGUGAUUAUAGAUCAGCUCUAGCUUC